AUGGUCCCAAUUGUCCCCGAUCCGUCUCGCCGUCUCCAAGAGAUGAAGAAUGAGAAGCUUCCACUGUGUGGGCAAGCUUUGACGGAAGCACGAAGCAAAAAUUGCGUGCAGGAUCCCACGAUAGCUGGAUUAGAGACCGCCUCGAGUCGGGGUGGCACUGGUGCCCUCGAGCGAAGCACCCUCAAUAGUGAGAAAUGGGAAGCUGGCCGAGACGGGCCUCGCAAGGACGUUGCAGGCCCUUCUGCUGCGGCGCCGCAAAGUGACGCUGCCCAGAUGAUCUUGGUCGACGAAGUGAACAGCAGCAUGCGUCACAUCCAGGCGAAGUGGUGUCGGUCGUCACAGUCUGCUUCUUCGACUCCAAGGCAAGCAAAGACAGGACAGCAGCUGUGCAUUUCAAUCUCCAAACCUUGA